CAGCAGCUCUGUGUCCUCUGCCGACGUUAAGCAUCUGCCCCUGGAACAUUGAGGGAUGACCACCUGUGCAACCUGGUGACCCGAAAGGAAACUGGACCCAGCUUUCUUCACAGACUAGCUUCUGCUUACACUGAACAACUCUGGAAAGGCAUCCAGUAUUUCUCUAACUUGGAGAGGUGCCUCACACUCAGCAAGACACGGACUGCUGGACCCAAGGGUCUGGUUGGGAGCUGUGGGCUUUGGAGUGACCUUGACUGUGCAGACACCAUUGGUGCGGAUGAAGUCUGGCCGCUUGAGAGGAUGGCCCACCCAGGGGACUACAAGCAGAUACCCUGGCUCCCUGUGCUGGUGGUGUCUCUGAUGUGCUCAAUCAGGGCAGAAUACUCCAGCUGUGGUGAGAAUGAGUAUUACAACAAAACCACUGGGCUGUGCCAUGUGUGUCCUCGGUGUAGACCAGGGGAAGAACCCUACCUGAACUGUGGAUAUGGCACCAAAGAUGAAGGUUAUGGCUGUGUGCCCUGCCCAGCAGAGAAGUUUUCUAAGGGAGGCUACCAGAUUUGCAGACGCCAUAAAGACUGCGAAGGCUUCUUCCGGGCCACUGUGCUUACACCGGGGGACAUGCAGAAUGACGCUGAGUGUGGACCUUGUCUCCCUGGCUACUAUAUGUUGGAAAACAGACCCAGGAACAUCUACGGCAUGGUCUGCUACUCCUGCCUCCUGGCACCCCCCAACACCAAGAAAUGUUUGGGAGCCACCUCUGGAGACUCUGCCAACCUCCCUGUCACAUAUGGAAGCAGCACUAUUGCUCCCUCCCAGCAUACCCACAAAGGGCCCUCUUCCAGGUCACUGUCGUCUCGUCCAACUCCAGCAGAGAUCUCAGGUCAAGGACACCUGGCCACAGCUCUGAUCAUUGCCAUGUCCACCAUCUUUAUCAUGGCUAUAGCCAUUGUCCUUGUCAUCAUGUUCUACAUCAUGAAGACAAAGCCUUCAGCUCCAGCCUGCUGUAGCAGCCACCCAGUGAAGAGUGUGGAAGUUCAAGUAAGCAAAGAGGAGAAGAAAGAGAGCCAAGACAGUGUCAUACUUUUCUCUGAAAAGGAAGAAUCUGAGAAGCUGACAGAAACUUCAGCAAAGACUGCUAAAAGUGAGAGUGAUGCUUCUUCUGAGAAUGAAAAACUGCUGAGUCGGAGCAUGGACAGUGAUGAGGAGCACUCGACAGACAAGCAAGGAUCCCCAGAGCAGAGUCUGCUGUCUCUGGUUCAGCUCACUCGAGAGAAGUCAGUCACCACCAAGUCAGCAGGGAUUCAUAGUCGAAGGAAAAAGAUAUUGGAUAUGUAUUCCAGUGUGAGUGGCAUGGUUGAAGGCUUAAGCCCCACAGAGCUGCCAUUUGACUGCCUGGAGAAGACAAGCAGAAUGCUCAGUUCCACAUACAACUCUGAAAAAGCCAUUGUGAAAACGUGGCGCCACCUUGCUGAGAGCUUUGGACUUAAAAGGGAUGAGAUUGGGGUCAUGACAGAUGGCAUGCAGCUUUUUGAUCGCAUUAGCACAGCUGGCUACAGCAUCCCGGAACUGCUUACAAAUCUGGUGCAAAUUGAGAGGUUGGAUGCUGUGGAGUCCUUGUGUGUAGAUAUACUGGAGUGGGCAGGGGUUGUGCCACCUGCAUCUCUACCACCCUCCACUUCCUGAAGUGCAUGUCUAUAAACUGGUCUCCAUAAUGCACAGAGAAGUUAACAAGAAAGGCUUG